AUGUGCCUUUUUCAAUAUAAAAAUAAUGUCACUCCACGCCAUGGCCGCUACCUGACCGUGGCCGCAGUAUUCAGGGGCCGCAUGUCCAUGAAGCAGGUGGAUGAGCAGAUGCUGAACGUGCAGAACAAGAACAGCAGCUACUUCGUGGAGUGGAUCCCCAACAGCGUGAAGACAGCUGUGUGUGACAUCCCACCCCGGGGGCUAAAAAUGUCUGCCACUUUCAUCGGCAACAGCACGGCCAUCCAGGAGCUGUUCAAGCGCAUCUCGGAGCAGUUCGCCGCCAUGUUCCGGCGCAAGGCCUUCCUGCACUGGUACACGGGCGAGGGCAUGGACGAGAUGGAGUUCACCGAGGCCGAGAGCAACAUGAACGACCUGGUGUCCGAGUACCAGCAGUACCAGGACGCCACGGCCGAGGAGGCGGGCGAGUUUGAGGAGGAGGCCGAGGAGGAGGUGGCCUAGAGCUGUUACCUGGUAAAGCGCG